AUGACAUUGAAAGUAGCAUUCCUAGGCCCAGAAGGUACUUAUACCCAUCAAGCAUUAAUCCAACAGUUUGGCACUGAGUCAGACGUUGAAAUAUAUUCUCAAGCAGCCAUAUCUGACUGUUUUGAAGUACUUGAUUCAAAAGAAGUUGAUUAUGCAGUAGUCCCGUUUGAGAACUCAACUAAUGGACAAGUCGUAUAUACUUAUGAUUUACUUAGAGAUUGGUUCGUACCGUCAAGCCAGGACGAAAAUAUCCAAGAGCACCAACAUAUAGUUCCGAAGUUUAGAAUUGUUGGCGAACAAUUUGUAUCAAUUCAUCAUAACUUUUUGUCCAAUGCUAAGUCCUUAGAUGACAUAACUACGAUAUAUUCACAUCCUCAAGUAUGGGGCCAAGUAACCAAAUUUUUAGCAAAGCAUAUUACCAAAAAGAUUACAAGACUAGAUGCCGAUUCAACCUCUAAGGCAGCAGAAAUUGUGUAUAAUGAUAAGUCAGGUACUAGUGCAUGCAUAUCGUCUAAGAUUAGUGCAGAUUUAUACAAACUACCAAUACUCUUUGAAAAUGUCGAAAAUUCAUCCAACAAUACUACAAGGUUUUUGGUGUUAGGAUAUGAUGAAAUUAAAUCGCACACACCACCAGAGGGUUCUUCACAUCCAGAGACAUACGUCACCUCGAUCAUUUUUACCUUGGAUCAUGAUGAUCCUGGGGCAUUAUGUGCGGUGUUGGACACAUUCAGAAGGUAUAACAUUAAUUUAACUUCAAUUAACUCUAGACCUUCACAUUUAAAGCAAUGGCAAUAUGUCUUCUUUGUAGAGUUAAUUGGAAGCAUAGAUGAUGAAAACGUAUCAGACAGUAUUAAUGAUUUAACGAGUAAUUGCUUAACAUUGGAGGUUUUAGGAUCAUUUCAAAGAUGUUGGAGAUACUGGAGCGAACAGUAA